GUCGUUUCUAUUGGGUGCAUACUAAUAUGGACUAUGCAUUAUGCAAACAUCUUUUAAUGUUUAUAAUACCAAUCAUCGAAAGUUGGUAGUCACUAAAACAGCUGACACCGCCAUGUACAGUAGCAUUUCUGAGAAUGUCUGUAUCAACUUUACACGUCUUUAUAGGAAUACUGUCAAUUACAUGUACAUCGUGCCAAAAAUGGUUCAACGUAACAGAGGAGUUUAUGGUGAUUCCAAAUAAUAAUGGUAAUGGAGUGGUUGUAAAGUUACAAUUAGAACUGAGCCAAGUAAUAGCAGACGCAAUGGCUAUGAGUGUAGAGAUGCACCAUUCUAUGAACCUUCGAUGGCAGGACGAUAGAUUUAUACGACAAGGCAGCACAAAUCCACACAAGACCUAUAUCAACAUGUAUGGGACAGAUCCAGACUUUGAGUUCGUCUGGGUGCCAGAUGUAUACAUGACCAAUGAAGUACCGUCAGGAAUACUGGAUUAUCAACCGACAGAUAUCAUUAGAAUUUACGAAAAUGGCACAUUACUGUUAUCAAAACAGCAUGUUGUGAUGUUUUACUGUAAACUAAGGUUGUUUAAAGUGCCAAUGACCAACGAGAUAUGUAGUAUACAGUUUCAGAGCAACGCCUAUAGCGAAGAAGAAAUGGAUCUUGACUGGUUCUAUAACCCUCCUGUUACUUUCUCAAAAGAUUAUGUGUCGUUAGUUUCAAAAAUAGCAAACACCAUGACAGAAAAAUGUGAAGGGGGUGAAAUAGCACCGAAUGAACUAAGACCAUGUAUACAGCUUAACAUUGAAGUCGAGCAGGUCUACAAAGGAUUUAUUGUUCAAGUAUAUUUACCGAGCAGUGCGAUAUUAUUCAUGUUAUGGUUGGGAUUCUGGCUCAAUUUUAAGGAGGUUUCAGCCCGUAUCCGUAUUGUCUCAGUAGCUUUUACACUCACUGUAACACAGAUGGUUGGAGUAAUGAUUGUCUUUCCGGAUAUUGUGGAAUUAGAACCUUUGGUAGUAUGGAAUGCGUUUUGCCUCGGUAUGAACAUACUAGCGUUCAUCGAGUUCCUUGUUGUUCAUAACAUGUAUAUGAACAUCCAACUGAAGAAAGCACAAAGUCAAGAAUUAACGGUUACUCCACUACCUUCAUCGGCAGUAUCUAUGCAGAGUAAAAAUAUGGUAAAACGAAUUCAAGUCCAACCUAUGAGUGGAGACUUAGACCCAGAAGACCUAGGCCGUCGAAGGAAAAGACAUAGGCCACCAUGCAUUACACCGGAUACUGUAGAUAAAAUGUGUAUGGUGGCAUUUAUUUUCAUCUUUAUUACAUUUAAUAUUGUAUAUUGGACCACCUUUAUGCAUUUUGACCUAUAAUGGUUUUUCUUUUACAAAAUGAUAUGCGACUUGGAUGGAGAGUUGUUUCAUUGGCACUAAUACCAUAUCUUCAUAUGAAAAGGGCAAACAAUAUGUUAAAAAACAUGUAUAUUAUUGGAAAGUAUGUUUGUAUUUUUUCACCAGGGUUUGUACUUAUGUUCUUGCAAUAAAUCGAUGUUAGAGUC